CUGUUGCCUGACCCCGCGGACCCGGAAGCGAUCCGCUCUCCCAUCAUGGCCGCCUCCACUGUGUUCAAACCGGGUCUUUUCAAGCACAAAGUGGCGAUUGUUACCGGGGGAGGAACCGGCAUCGGAAAAGCCAUAGCGGCCGAGCUGUUGGGAUUAGGUUGCAGCGUGGUCAUCGCUUCACGGAAAGUGGAACGGCUAAAAGAAGCUGCCCAAGAACUCGUUUCUAAAAUAUCUCCAGCGAAUCCCUCGCUCCUGACUCCUAUCCCGUGUAACAUCCGCAAGGAAGAUGAGGUGGAAACGCUGGUAAAAUCUACUCUUAAUCUCUACGGGCGGAUUGAUUUCCUGGUAAACAACGGAGGAGGCCAGUUCCCAAGUCCAAGUGAAGCAAUCAGUGCCAAAGGGUGGAAUGCGGUGAUCGACACCAACCUUACUGGGACGUUUUACUGCUGCAAAGCAGUAUACAACGCCUGGAUGAAAGAGCAUGGAGGAGCCAUCGUCAAUAUUGUGGCGGACAUGUGGAAAGGGUUCCCUGGCAUGGCGCACACCGGAGCAGCCCGGGCCGCUGUCGAUAACUUGACGAAGAGCUUAGCCAUUGAAUGGGCGCACAAUGGCGUUCGAAUCAAUUCCAUCGCUCCUGGAACAAUUUUCUCACAAACCGCGGUUGAAAAUUACAAGAUGGGCCCUCGGUUGUUUGAAAGCUACAUCCCAAAGAUUCCUGCCAAGAGACUGGGUCUUCCAGAAGAGAUUUCUCCGAUGGUCUGCUUCCUGCUGUCGCCCGCCGCUUCCUUCAUCAGCGGAGAGACCGUGAGAGUGGAUGCCGGACAGAGCUUGUACGCAUCUCCCUGGGAAGUACCAGAUCAUAACCGGUGGCCAGAAGCCCCCGAUGGAGAGAACAGCAAAGCUUUAAAGGAGAUGCUUUCGGACGUCCCGCCGCCAAAGCUCUGAGCGCAGGGUACGGGACCCGCGUCGCCGAGUGACAGCCUGCGGGAAGAUUGUAAACCAGAUUUUUUUUAUAUAUAUUUGUUUAAUUGAAUGUACAUUUUUGGCUACAUUGUUAACCCACCGAAUAGAGACGGUUUUUGCUGCUUGAUCUGGAUACCCCGGCUGCUUCAGAAUAUGGAGAUAAGGUCCUUAGAGUUGAAUUCCCUCAUCCUCAAUGCAGGUCUGCGAAGACUGUGCCCUCACCUUUUAUCCACCACGUUAUCUAGUAGGCAACCCAGCCGCCACUGGGUUAAAUCCGGAGCCCAGAGUUGUUGCAGGGACUCGCUGUCCUGCCGCGUUAUAGACAUUAAGAAAAAAAAAGUUUCCUGAUCUAUUUUGUUAAUUGCACUUUAAUUACAUUAAAGCCUUAAAUAUUAAAUGACAA